AUGGCAGUUGACAUGGAUGUGGAAGAAUUGUUAAUCAUGGGAGAUUCAAACAUGAUUAUUCGGCAAGCUCAAGGUGAAUUGGAAAAUCGGGACAUCAAGCUUAUCCCAUACAGGCAACAUGUGGAUGAUCUUAGCAAACGGUUCAAGUAUGUUGAAUUCUGGUACAUCCCUCGGUUCCACAUUGAGUUAGCUGAUGCGUUAGCUACCUUGGCGGCAAUGUUGCCGUAUCCGGUUGGGGCAACACCCUAUUUAUUGGUUUAUGGCACUGAAGCCCUAAUACCCGUAGAAGUUGAAGUUCCAUCUCUUCGAAUCAUUGUUGAAGCUGAGAUUGAGGAUAAUGAAUGGGUUAAUACCCGUCUAGAACAGUUAACCCUGAUUGAUCAAAAGUGGAUGGCCGCUGUUUGCCACGGGCAGUUGUAUCAACAAAGAAUGGCCCGCGCCUACAAAAAGAAAGUGCGGCCCAGAAACUUUGAGGUGGGACAACUUGUCUUGAGGCGUAUUCUCCUGCAUCAUAAGGAAGCCAAAGGAAAAUUCGCUCCGAAUUGGAAAUGUCCAUACAUUAUAAGGAAUUUAUUGCCAAAAGGGGCAUUGUACUUGGGAGACAUUGAAGGAAAUAACCCCGAAGCAACAGUCAAUGCGGACGCGGUCAAAAGGUAUUACGUUUAA